AUGACCGAAGUAGCUCCCAACGUCUUCUGCAUUAGCGUCACAGACGUCAACGUCACCGUGCUCCGCGAGGGGUCCGACUUGACCCUCAUUGAUGGUGGAUGGCCCGGCGAUGUCUCUAUGAUAGAGAACGUGAUCAGGUCGAUUGGUAACCGACCAGAGGACGUGCGCGCGAUUCUAUUGACCCACGCCCAUAUCGACCACCUUGGCGCGGUGCAGUCAUUUCAUGACCGGCUGAAUGUGCCCAUCUACUCCGACCCGAUUGAGAUCCGUCAUGCCGCCCGCUACUACCUUGAGCAAGCGGCUGAGGCCGACAUUAUGAAAGGCCCAAUGCCACAGACCCUCGACUGGUGGGAGCGGGUGCUUAAAGUGGGUGCCGAUACCGACAUCACCGUCACCGACGUACAGCCGGUUGCCUCUGGGCAACUGGAUGUCCCGGGUCGACCGGUUGCGAUUGCCACGCAUGGUCAUACUUCUGGGCACACCGCCUUCUACGUACCGGCAGCGCGCACUGUGAUUACUGGCGACUGCCUGGUCACCGGUCAUGCAUGCUCGACGAUCAAGGGCCCACAGCCAUGUCCUUGGUUCUUUAACCACUCGAUUCCCGAAGCACUUUCAGCUCUCAAAGUGCUCAAAUCAGUCGAUGCCGACGCCGUUGACAUCGCUCUGAAGGCGGCAGAAGAAAGCGGGUUCGAUAAGCACUAG